CAACAAUAAAUUAAACAUAUUUGAAAUGAAAUUGUUCAUCAUCUUAGCUUCAGUGGCUCUGGCCCAGGCUGCCAAACUGGACAGGACCUACCUCCCACCCAACGCACAAGCUGCCGCAGGAUCUGCCUUCCUCGAGACUCCUCGUCAGUCCAACGGAUUCCGCGACCAAUCCGGUGCUUACUCCAACCCCAACGCGUAUGCCCAGACUGGUGCUAACUCAGGCUUCGAAGCUCGUCCCGAGCGCGCUCAGGCUGCCUUCGAGAGGAACGCUGCUAUCCUCCGUCAGGACAACUCCAAUGAUGGAGAGACUUACGCGUACGCUUAUGAAACUGAGAACGGCAUCUCCGCCGAGGAGAACGGAGUGGCGACCAAUGGAGUCCAGGCUCAGGGCGGUUACACCUACACUGGUGACGACGGCCAGGUCUACUCUGUGAGGUACACCGCUGACGAGAACGGUUUCCAACCCCAGGGCGACCAUCUCCCCACUCCUCCCCCUAUCCCUGAAGAGAUCCUAAAGGCUCUGGAACAGAACGCUCGCGAUGAGGCUGCUGGCAUCUUCGAUGAUGGAUCUUACAGCGAAGGUAAAUACGCCACUGAUAACCAACAACAGUACUACAACAACGCUGCUCUCGGCAACGACGCUACUGGAAGCGGCAGCUCCGUCGCCGGCGUCCAGAAAGCGUACCUCCCUCCCUUCGCUCAGCGCAACAACCAGAGGAGCGGAGCGAGGCAAUCCUCCUUCAACGCGAGAGACGGAUACCGUUACUAGAGACUGUGAAAUAACUUGUUAAAAUAAAUUAUAUUUAUUUCUAAAUGUA